UUUCAUGACCGUAAAAAUACUUUCAUCGCAGUUUGUUAUUAGUAGUCCAAGCUAUGAUAAAUGUCCUACUGGGACUAAGGCAGAGUAUGCUUUUAUUGGUAGAAGUAAUGUUGGUAAGUCUAGUUUGAUCAAUGCUAUUUGUGAUAAAAGGGAACUGGCGAAGACAAGUGCAAAACCUGGAAGAACACAAUUGAUUAAUUACUUUGAUGUGGAGAGCACAGGAGAAGAAGAUCAACGCGCUAGUUGGGAAAAAAUGAUAGAACAGUAUAUGCAGAAAAGAGUUAAUCUCUCUCAUGUAUUUGUGUUGAUCGAUAGCAGACAUACGCCACAACGUCUUGAUAUAGAAUUUGUGACUAAGUUGGUAUCAUACAAAAAAGAUUUCUCAUUGGUGUUCACAAAAAGCGAC